AUGUGCAGACUCAGCGGACAAAAAUGCAGAAGUCGUACCCAAAAUAAACCUGACAAAUUGGACAGAUUGGAUAGAUUGGACAAAUUGGAUGGUGUGGAUAAACUGAAUAAAGGGGAUGGUGUGGACAAACUGUGUAAAUUGGAUAAAGGGGAUGUUCUGGAGUGUAAGGUUGAGAUUCAGGGGAUUAAGGAGUGGAGUAAUAGUGUUGUGGAGAGAGGAGUUGGAUUUAUGAUGUUGAGGAAUUAUAUGAUACUGGGGUUGAUAAAUGAAGGUUCUGCUGGUAAAGUUUAUCUGGCAGUUGGUGAGAAACAUGUCUUAUACGCACUCAAAUUCAUUAAUAAAAGUGUUGAUUUUCAUUCAUACACAAAGAUCAGAGAUGAGUUGGAGAUAAGUUACGGUGUGAGGCACGAGAAUGUGGUGGAGACUGUGGUGAUUAUGGAGACGCGGCGCAGUUUAGUGCUGGUGAUGGAGUACUGCGCGGGCGGUGACCUCAUCACGUUCAUUCGGAGAAACGGCGCAAUAACUGAAGACAAGGCCAGAAACGCCUUUAAAAUGAUUCUAAACGCCGUUAAAUAUCUACACAACAACAACAUCUACCACAGGGACAUCAAACCCGAAAACCUACUCAUACACACCAACAACGUGCUAAAGUUAUGUGACUUUGGAGCGUCUAUAAGGGUGAGGGGUGAUGUCAGAUUAUAUGAGACUGUGGGUACAAUGAGUUACGCUGCGCCUGAGGUACUGGACGGUACUUGUGGUUACUUGGGUGAAAAGGCUGACGUGUGGAGUCUGGGCGUGGUACUCUACGCGAUGGUGUUUGGACAGUUACCCUACACCACCAGGGAGGAAACUGUCAAAUCAGUUUUAAAGCUGAUUUUAUCCACUAAGCUAAGCUUUCCCACGAGGAAAAGCACAGAGUUUACAAGGCUGGUUAGGCAAAUGCUACACGUGGAACCAAGUAAACGAAUCACACUACAACAGAUUCUCACACAUCCCUGGGUCCUGGGGAAUUAUAAAGAGAGAACUGUCAGUAGAGUUUCAGUCUGUAACUCAGUCAGCAGUGGAGCCACUCGAGCUGAGAAAAUUAUUACCCAUUCUGCUGCUACUGGAGACCCAGAGGGAGCUACUAUAAGGGUACCCCAAGAGGGAGCUAAUAAUAUACCCCAAGAGGGAGCUAAUUCUAAUACUAUUAACUGUAUACCCCUAGAGGGAGCUAAUAUAAGGGUACCCCGAGAGGGAGCUAAUAUUCUUAGGGGAGAGGGAGCUAAUAAUAUACCCCAAGAGGGAGCUACAAUUGUUAGGGGAGAGGGAGCUAAUAAUGAAAAGAGAAUUGGUAUGAGUAUUGGGGAGGAAAUAUUAAGUAUGGUAGUGGAUAAUAUAAUUUAA